AUGGAGGAAAGCCUCAAGACCAUAGAUUCAAACAUUGGCAUUGUCAUCAAGGGGAACAAAGAUUCAUUGGAAAUACUUGAUAGCAUUGCCAAUGCCUCUGGAGAACUUCUUGCAGUUAUUGCUCCUAUUACUAUACCUGCUUCUGCUUCUUAUACAACACCUUCUGAGACUUUUUUUGGUAUCUCUUCUGCUGCUCCUUCUGUUGGUCCAGUGGUUCUUACUGGUGCAAACACUGGUGAACUUAGUAAACAGGAUCGCACUAGAGUUUUAGCUCUUAGCCAAGGAGAGUUGAAGAAACACAACUUCAAAUCAAAUAAGCCAGAACUAGUUGCAACUAAUGACAGCAAGCGCAGUUGGGAUGUUAAUGUUGAUUACAGACUUCCACCCAACAGACAGCCGAUGCAUGACCUUCAUGCAUACCUGGCUCCAAAGGUUGUUGGGACUAGUGUUCAACAGACCAAUAUUAGCAAUUGUAUCUACACAAACUUUUGUGGAACGAGACGCCGACAUUUUGACCAUCGCGAGCUGACCUACCAUACAUUCAAGGCUGAAAUUGAUGUGAAGGUGGGUAAGAGCUGCAACGGACUCUUACAGAAAGAAGCAAUGUCUGAGGGCGAAUCUGAAGACAAUAUGCCUGGAGUCUUGAGCAACCAUGCAAUUUGUACAGUGCAUCCAAGUUGGAGAAGUGAUGAGUACAAUCACCUUCUUGCGGUUGUUAAUGAUUUUAUGCGUAAUCGCAUGGACUUCAAUUCGUGUCAGAUGUUGAAGAGGUCGUUUGGUAGAGAUGCUGUUUUAGCAGUCCCGCCUAGAUUGAUGUCCCUUCUCCCUCACUGGGCUUUUAGAUAUGAGUUUCAAUAA